CCUGCUGCGCUUGCUCCGGCCCGGAGCCCGCCGCUGGGCUGGAGGGAGCGGCUGCGGGCUGGGCUGAUGGGGACUGGGGCCUCGUUUUGGUUCGUGGCGGGGCUGGGACUGCUUUACGUUCUGAGGGUCCCGCUGAGACUGUGUGAGAACUUGGCAGCCGUGACAAUAUUUUUAAAUUCAUUGACACCCAAAUUCUAUGUGGCACUUACAGGGACAUCUUCUUUGAUAUCAGGACUAAUAUUUGUAUUUGAAUGGUGGUACUUCCAUAAGCAUGGCACAUCUUUUAUUGAACAAGUAUCUGUAAGUCAUUUGCGACCACUAAUGGGAGGAACAGAGAGCAGCAUUUCAGAGCCAGGUUCUCCUAGCAAGAGAGAAAGCGAAACCAGCAGACAGAAUUUGUCAGAAUGCAAGGUCUGGAGAAACCCUCUAAACCUUUUCAGAGGAGCAGAAUAUAGGAGAUACACUUGGGUGACGGGUAAAGAGCCACUUACAUACUUUGACAUGAACUUGUCAGCUCAGGACCAUCAGACCUUUUUCACCUGUGACACAGACUUCUUACGUCCUUCAGACACAGUUAUGCAGAAGGCAUGGAGGGAAAGAAAUCCUCCAGCUCGAAUCAAAGCAGCCUAUCAAGCUUUAGAAUUAAACAAUGACUGUGCCACUGCGUAUGUUCUACUGGCUGAGGAAGAAGCCACAACCAUUGCAGAUGCCGAACGGUUAUUUAAACAGGCACUCAAAGCAGGAGAAACAAUUUAUAAGCGGUCACAGCAGUGCCAGCACCAAAGUCCUCAGCAUGAAGCUCAACUGAGGAGAGAUACCAAUGUGCUGGUAUAUAUUAAAAGAAGAUUGGCAAUGUGUGCAAGAAAAUUAGGAAGAAUAAGAGAAGCAGUAAAAAUAAUGAGAGAUUUGAUGAAAGAAUUUCCUCCUCUUACCAUGUUGAACAUCCAUGAAAAUCUUUUAGAAUCACUUUUAGAAUUACAAGCCUAUGCAGAUGUUCAGGCAGUCCUAGCAAAAUACGAUGAUAUAAGCCUCCCAAAGUCAGCAGCAAUCUGUUAUACAGCAGCAUUGUUGAAGACAAGGACUGUUUCAGAUAAAUUCUCUCCAGAAACCGCCUCUAGAAGAGGGUUAAGCACAGCAGAAAUUAAUGCUGUGGAAGCAAUUCAUAGAGCUGUGGAAUUUAAUCCUCAUGUUCCAAAAUAUUUACUAGAGAUGAAAAGUUUAAUUUUACCUCCAGAACACAUUCUAAAACGGGGUGAUAGUGAAGCAAUUGCCUAUGCUUUCUUUCAUCUUCAGCACUGGAAGAGAAUAGAAGGGGCUCUUAAUCUGCUACAGUGUACAUGGGAAGGCACUUUUAGAAUGAUUCCAUACCCAUUAGAGAAAGGACAUCUAUUUUAUCCUUAUCCCAGUUGCACAGAGACUGCUGAUAGAGAACUAUUACCGACCUUUCAUCAUGUUUCUGUUUACCCAAAGAAGGAUCUUCCUUUUUUUAUCCAUUUCACAGCAGGACUGUGUUCUUCUACAGCAAUGAUAGCCCUUUUCACACACCAGUUUCCUGAAAUCAUGGGUAUUUUUGCUAAAGCUGUAAGUAUGAUCUCAAGGACUUGUGUAGAGUAUUUGUAAAAACACACAAGAAAACAUUCAGAUCUGUUUGUGCUAACCCAGUUGAGCAGUGGAAGAAAUUUGUUAAAGUAAAUUAAAGGAAUUGAUUUGUAAAGUUUUGGUCAUAAAUAUGUCAAACAUAAGUUUUCGGUGAUUUGACCUAUAUUUCUGCUGCUUAAAUGUUUAAAGAAUACAUUCAUAUAACAUUAUAAAAUGUAUCCUUGUAGAUCACUUUUGGUGAUAAACAUAGCACUUGUUAUUAGUUAAGGAAUAAUCCAGCUCUCUUUUACCAUUAGUAAAUUUUCUUCAGCAUUUAAAAUAAUUCUCUAUUUUGUAAACAAGCCUUUUAAUUUUUCCAUUUAAGUGAAAUAAUUUAUUCUAGGGAUUUAAUGAACUUUAAAUUCAAGAAUGCAACUAGGAUGGUGAACAAAUAGGUGAGACGGGACAGAUGGGACAUUCACCCUGGGUAUAAUACGCAGAGGUUCUUCCAGCUAUUGUGUCUGUGUGUUCUUAUUGAGCUUCCCAAAUCUUAAGUAUAGAACCAUAUAAGGGCCUUUAUUUUCAUUUUCACCCUUUAGUUUUGAGCUGCUUUCCCAUUUCUUGACCCAGGAAAUAUUUGAGAACUGAUACUAGGGUAUUCAUGAGUAUUUACUUUUCUACAUAAACUUGCUAAUAUCACUUGCUCAAAGUAAAGUUACCAAAGAUAAUUCCUUUUAAGUCUCCAAGCCUUUUUGAAAAAUGAAUCUUCCUUGUAUAUCUUUGCAUUUUUACAAGGUAAUAAGAAAGGAAACACUGUUCAUUAUAUUCUCAAAUGUAAAAACACUAAGAACUUUAGAAAAACUAAUACUUACUUGAUAGUGAGCAAGGAGACUUCAAAAAGUUCAUGGGAAGUAAAAUUAAAAUACAAGUCUGUUUUGGUGCACAGAUUUUAAAAAGCCUUGCACAGUUUUUUAGUGAUAUGUGUUUUCCAAGAACUUUUUGAAGAUCCUCCAUAUUUCUGUAUUUUUUCUCUAUAUACCUCUAUUACAUCUCCCUGUUUUCUCUGAGUUUCUUUUCCUGCCUUAAGAAUAGUUUACUUGUGCCUUAGAGAUGAGUUGGCUUUCUUCUGGCACCAGUGGUGAGAGCACUGAUUUCUCAUUUCCCUGAAGGUCAAUUGUAUAAUGUGUUAAGUUGCCACUGGCUGUAGGCCUAGGAGUCUGAGUCUGCACUUGAUUCUGGGUCAGACUUGAUGAAGAAUGACUUUCCACUGUUGUUCAGGGAGUAUAGAUAUUUGGGUUGGAAACCGGCUAUUCUAUUUCCUUUUAGUGUAAAAAGGAAGCUUAGUGAUCAUCCCUAACUCUGCUAUUUGCAUUGGUACUGACUGGGGAGUGAGUACAACUCAAAUGGAAAUGACCUUACUGUGUAAUCUGGGGGGAAAUGCACUAGAAAGGGAAUCCCAUCCAUUUAACAGCUAGGGAAAAAAAUGUAUAGCUGUGUAUUUGAGAUCACUGGCAGGAAUGGAAGAGACGAUUCUUUGGUUGCUCUUACAGCAGUGGGGUGGGAAGGAAGCUAACUAGAACAAAGAGGGAGACCUAGAAUAUGGCUAGGUGUGUGGCAGCUGUUAACAUUGUAUUUCCAUGAGAUACUGGCUAAAAUUAAUGUGAAGCACACUCACUGAAUACUCCAUCCAUUGACGAUAAUAUCCAGUGUUUGCGUAAGAGAUCACUAAUGGCACCAGAAGAGUCUUUAAGAUUACAUAGUCUAAGUUCCUGAACACUCUUCUAGCAGAGCCUAAGAGUGAAUAAUUACAUAUUUUAAAGCAGAAGCUUCUUUUGUAGACCAAAGUUAUUGAUAUACUGUGAUUCCAGUUGAUGAACAAUAAAGAAGCAUUUGUUCACUAUCCUUUGG